AUCUUAUCACAUGAAUAAAAUAGUCCAGGAGAGAGUGAACGUCUCGGACGCAGCUGACAUCUGACUGAACUUCGAAACAGUUUCACUGAAACAGCGCGCAAGAUCAAGUAGGAAGAAUAGGGUUCGAAUCUCCUCUGGUCUGAGAGUGUGGUCUGAGAGAUAAAAUAUAUUGUGACCAGUGUGCAACAAUGCCUAUUUACAAGCCCAAGGUUCCAGUCAUGGCAGCCAUCGCCUGCAGUGGGGUGGCCCUGAUAUUCCAGCUCGUGGCUGUAGCGGGAACCGGGUGGAUAACAUCUUCAGGUGGCGAUAUGGGGUUGUUCCGUUUCUGCGUCUACACGCCUCCUUUUAACAUUUAUGUUUGUGCCAGAUUUACCGAUGCAACAGACUAUUGGCUGGCUUGCCAGGUGUUCUCCUUGCUAGGGGAGGGGACCAUUUUUGCCAGUUUUGUCAUCGGCGUUCUACACUUGUUCAGGGAGGACACAACGAGACUCACUGUUCCUGUCACGGCGCUGAGUGCAGUGUCGGUUGCCAUCCUGGUAGUAGAAGUCGGCGUGUUCGCUGGCAAAACGUCGGCGGUUUACGCGAUCACACCCACCUACGGCUACGGUUUCUAUCUCUCCAUUGCGGCUGCUGUGCUGAGUUUGGUGUCCACCAUCCUGCACGCAGUCGGAAGAUUUGCUUCUCAGUGAGCGACUGAAGGAUGUGAAUCGCAGAUGAGUACACUGUCUUCAGAUGUGCUUUGACUCCAGCAGUUCCAUGUCUUUGAAAGUCUCCUACUUACAUUUACGUGUUCUGUCAGAGAUCAGUGAGGCGCAGUGUUAUUCGUAUUUCAAAAAAUUCGUUUUCUAAACCUGACAUGUUGAGUUAAAGACAGAGUCGACCUGUGUGUACACUUGAGAGGGUCUUAUGUUACACACGUCACAUCUCAAGUUAUUAGACCUACAAUAACCGUCUGCACGUAAUUUUCACGUAAUUGUUAUCACACGUGUUGAAAGAUAAACUAAAGCCACGAUUGCUUUAAAAUGU